AUGACAGAUACCUCCUCCCUCGCCAUCACGCACGCCACCACGGAUUCCUAUCCGGUCCCCGCUCCUCCGGGCUCUCCCAUCGCUAAUGGCGCGAUUUCUGACUCGGUCGCUCCCGACGAGGAAGAGCCGUACACCAUCAAAUGCAUCUGCUCCUUUGAUGAAGAUGAUGGAAGCACGGUCUUCUGCGAAAGGUGUGAGACAUGGCAGCAUAUCAGCUGCUACUACCCGGACAAGCGGGUACCGGACGUGCACAACUGUAUCGACUGUGAGCCCCGUGUUCUCGACGGUCGCCGUGCCACAGAGCGUCAGCGUCAACGACGAAACAAGGGGCAAAGCGAGGACGGCGACCGAAAAAAGCGUCCAGGCUCCAAAACUCAAAGGAAGAAGGGUAAGGAUGGCGAAGUGAAUGGAUUUGGCCACCAGCGAAGCGAAUCAGGGGCUCGCGAACAGCCCCCGGCCAAGAAAGCCAAGGUCUCGCACCGCUCAUCCGCAUCUAUCAGUGCCAUCCCAGGCGUCCCAUCCAUCCUUCCCGAAUCUCGCAAAAGGCGAUCCUCCACUUCCGUUGCUUCAAGUCCUACCAAAACCUUCGGCCCCUCCAUUCCUUUGUACUCGAACGAAUUCCUCCACCUCUAUGACCGUGACGAUGAACACGAAGACCGGAACAGUAAUCUGUUUGUGAAUGUGAGCCUGGUCGGUGACAUGGCAUCAUGGGUGAAGGAUCCGGACGCUUUGGCGCGAGUCUCCAAUCGUCGUCCAACGGCGGAUACUUUCAACAUGUCCGAUGCACCCCUCGACCGAUCACAGUGGCCUACCUUGACGACCGAUACAAUCACAGAUUCCACUAUUGACCUUGGUGGUCGGAAUCCGAUGUGGAAGAUUGUCAAGACUCAAGACGCGGUAGAAAAGGACUCCAUUCUUGGAGAGCUCACCGGCAAGGUGGGCAUGUUUGACGAGUAUCGCCUUGAUCCGAAUAAUCGAUGGCAAGAGUUGCGCCACCCAGAACCCUUUGUUUUUUUCAGCUCUCACCUCCCUCUCUACAUCGACAGCCGACACGAAGGCAGUGUCCUCCGCUACACUCGCCGAUCAUGUCGUCCGAACGUUACGAUGAAGAUUUACAUCACCAAUGACGUCGAGUAUCACUUUUGCUUUGUCGCGAAGGAUUACAUCCCACCGAACUCUGAGAUAACCAUUAUGUGGUAUCUGGAUGCCCCUUUGUUUGAGGCGUCCAAUGGUCUUGUCAAGCAGGAAUCUGAUGACAGUGCCACGGAAGCAGCCUCCACCUGUCUCAGUAAUACCCUCGCAAAUUUCGGUGGAUGUGCAUGCGGAAACUCGCAGGGUUGUCUGCUCGCGAAAAUUGAUCGCCGUCGACACCCAAAACUAUUAGAAGCUGGUGCGAAGCAACCCAACGGCAAGCGGAAGAAAGCGAAGACAAAGUCUACGGCAUCUCCACAAGAUACCGGUCCUGUCUCCCUCAGCCGUGCUGGUAGCGAGACAACUAAGCAUCCAGAAGACGAUGAUGCGGCCGCCGAUAGUCGCUCCACAUCUGGCUCAGCGCGAGAACAACCCCAAAGUCGUGACAUGAGCCCAUCCACCUCUGAUCUUCAUGAAUUGUCUAGCCGGGAGCGGCGCAAGAUCGCAGACGCUGAGAAGAUGUUCCAACAAUUGGAAAAUGGCCAGCGCCCCACGACCCAGAAGAAGAAGAAACGUGUUAGCGGCGGUACAUCGGUGCACUCGCCCGCUGGUGUUUCUUCAACCUCCACUCAGGUAGGGUACUCCAGCUCGCAGAAAUCAGUCAAGGGUCUUCAUCUCAAGACCGGGAGCCUCUCUCGAUCUCCGACAACAGCCCUGUCGCCGGUUGCCUCGUCAAUUGGUCGCUUUGGCUCACCGCGCAAGGUGUCACGCCCCAACACACCAGCACAGGCUAGCCAACGCCCAACCUACGUCGAUGCGUCGGUCCAGGUCGACAUGGAUGAGCCUGAAGAGCCUUCGGUCUCGGAUCCAUCACCGCGUCAACGUUCCCUCUAUAUACCCAUGACGGUGCGACUUUUGAAACGUUUCAGUAUGGAUCGCGUCCGGUCUGAAGAAACUGCUCGCCAACAAUUAUCUUCUGCCGGGUCCGAUAGUGUGGGCCCCGCUUCCUCGCCCUCUGUUCCUCGAUCCCCUGCUUUCAUCCGAUCACCGGUGAUAACCCAAGACAAGAUUCAAAUUCCGGGUGUCGAUUCGGACCGCUCUCAGCAAAAAGAAGCAGCAGCUGUAUCCGGCGAUGUCGACAUGCAAGAUGUGUCUGUAGCCUCGGAGCCAGAAUCGCCGUCCACCGGUCGAGACAUCAGCAGGCCCAUAAUUCCUCCCCCUUGGCCAUCUACCGCUGCACACAAUUCUCGCAUCCCCGGUUCCUUUUUGGCAGAGCAAGGAAGUCUUCGAAUUUCUAUGCCUCCACCAAGUGCACCACUAAUCGCUUCUGUGGCCAGCCCUGGCUCUACUUCCAACCCAGGUCUCGUUUCGCCUAGCGCUUCAGACUCUACAUCCCCACAAAUUAGUGCGCAGCUGCCUAGCUUCAGUGUGCCAACUCCGACCCCCGCGAAGAAAAAGCUCAGUCUCGGUGAUUAUCUCAUUCAAAAACGCACCAUGGCGACUCCUACCUCGGAAAAGUCCCAGACACAGUCCGUCGCCUUGUCUGCCCCACAACAAUCACCGACCACACCUGAAUCAGGACCUACAAUCAGUGCGGAUGGCAUGCAGACCCCAACCAAGGCAUCCCCUGACAGCAAGAUUGAGCCAUUGGAGUCACCAGAUGUAAAGAUGAAGGAUGCGCCAGAAUCGAGCCAUCCACACAUCCCCUCUAUCUCUUCGUGA